AUGAGUGCCGCCGCCAAAUAUGGUGCGCCCAAUGGGCCGGAGCCGGGCUCCCCGCAGUCCCCGGGGUCGCCUCAGUCGCCCGGGGGGCCACCCAGAGAGAAGUCUUUCGGGGCCUUGUCCCAAGGUGUGGCCUCCGUGGGUGCCAGGUCAGAAGGCGUGAUCAGCACAUCUGCGCAGUCCGUGAAGUCUGCUCUUUCUGGUACUUCCCCGAACGGAAGUCGAAAGGAUAGAAAGGGGAACGCGAUCAAGAAGGGACAGACCAGCAGUCACAAACUCACCUUCGCCGAUCAGCUGGGCAACAAGGAGUCCUUGACUGAGGGAUGUCUUUUGUGGUCUGGGAGCUCUGAACUCAGAUAUCCCGGGGCUUUGCUCACGCCGUCUGGCGAAAUCGAUCUAGAUGCUGCAGUGGGCCGCCGUCACCUUGUCGAGGAGUUCGGCCUCAAGCCGCGGGACAUCGCAGCGAUGUUCUCCAAGAAUGCGCGGCGUGGCUUCGGCCUCAACGUCCGGCGCGGUGGCGCGCUGCUGUCGCUUGGUCGAGAUGGGCCUUCGGUGGUGGUCGCCAAUACGACGGCCUGGAUCCUUCUCCGUGACAGUCGCGACAAGAGCUUAGCAGACGUCGGCGCAAAGAUCCAGCAGAAGUUCGUGGACUUAGCGGCCUCGGUGCGAGAGCAGCAUACUGCGGAAGAGCCCGGCCAUACUGCGGAAGAGCCUCGCCAUAUUGCGGAAGAGCCCGGCCGCGAGCCUGUGCCGUUUGCGCUGGCUGUGACGGAGGCGCUUCUGACGAUCUACCUGGACAAAAUAUCCGGUGAGCUGGAAGAGGCAGUCGAGAAGGCAGACCUGCUGAUAAGAGACUAUACCGCGAUGCGGCAAGAUCAGGCUGGCAAUCCGCAACUCGAGAAGCUGCGCAUCACAAAGCAGCGCUUGGACGCGGUGCAGUCCCAGGCCAAGAGCUUCCAGACAGUUCUCCUACAGGCGCUUGAGGACGAGGAUGACCUCUCCGACCUUGCGAAGUCGGUUGGACCGACCAAAGAGGAGUGGGAGCUCUGCUUCGAGUACUACUCCCAGAGUGCCGCAGAGGUCGACGCCGAGGUCUCUGCGCAUGUUGAAGCAAUGGAUGACUUGGAGAACUUCUGGCUGCUGAGAUUGAGUGCACGAAGGCUGGAGCUGGAAAAGUCACAGCUGUGGCUGGAGGUCUUGGGCGUCGGGCUGAAUGUGGGUGCCGUGAUUACCGGCAUUUUCGGCUUCUCAGCUGAAAGAAGACCGUGGCAAAGGGCAGAAAGGGUGCAAUUGCACCAUCUCCUAGUGAAGAGGCCAGCUGUGAUGGCUUCCGCGAAGAAAUUGCAAUUGCCCUACUCCAAAGGUGCCCGGCUCGGGUGGCAAAGCCACACGGAUGGAUUUAACAGUCGGCCGCGCCCCUCGUCUGAUCAUAGCCUUCAGACUCCAAAGCCUUAA